AUGGACAUCGGCCCGUCGUCGCGAAAUUCGGCGAAGGAGCUGAUCAGUCGAAGUUCCAUUUUCCGCUAUUUGGUGCUGUUGACAUGCUUCGUGUCAGUAAUUGACGGACAACUCAACGGGAAACUCAAUAGUAAUGGCGUUUAUGUAUCACGAGACGAACUGCAGAAUAAGAAUGUUCUCGGAGUCACAGAAGGCUUUGGUGUACUCGUCGUUGCCACUCAUUCAAAACUCCACGUGUUUGAGAACGAUGAAGAACGUAAGACUUCCAAAUAUCCUCCAAAUGUAUCGAUUAAUCAUUCAGGACGAACAACCGGUCACGUAAAUUUGGAUAUGCAACCACGUAGCAAAUUUAUUGAACUCAAGCUUCUCUCAAAAUCUGAAAUAUGCUACUGUGACGAAUCUGAGUGCGGACUGUGUACAUAUUCCGGAGUAACGUCUUCUUGUUCGAAACUUCAGUUACACGAGGAUGAACCCAAAAUUCAAGAAGUAUUAAGCGCGUCCGCUGUAAAGCUUCAGUCAUCUGGUGAUACCCUGUUAGCGGUUUCAUUCAGAAAUGUGGAGGAUGACUUCAGAACGGUGAUGCUCAGAUACAAAUCACAAGAUUCUGGAAACAACUACCCAAUUGCAUAUCAUGCGGAGCCAAAGUUUAUCGAAAACUACGUACUGACGGCUUUUGAAAAAAAUGGAUUCGUGUAUUUUGUGACGACUGCGACACAGAGCUUUGCGCCUGAUCUGAUUCUUCAUGGAAACGCCAAACCGGUUACGGUCACAAAAGUGAUUCGAAUGUGCUCAGGAGAUCAAACUCCAGAUAUGGCAUCAAAGAUUUCUGUGCUUGUUGGAUGUGAUCAAGAAUGUAAGAUUUUCAAAUUCAAACUUCUCAGUAAUUUUUCUCAAAUUGCAGAUCAAAGCAUCAGUUCACGAGGCGAAGCGGCUGUCUACGAUAAUGAAAACGGACAGCUUAAUGUGAUCAGUUUUAAUCAUUCAUCUAUGGCUCAUGUGAUGUGCCGAUUCAAAUUAUCCAAUCUCGAAAAACGAUUCGGCAGUGUGUGGAGUUUUUGUCAGGAGACUUCAUUCAACGAGAUCCCCGGAAAAAAGAACCAGUGCAUCUUUCCACCGAUUUUUGAUGGUAUGCGGAAAAAGAAGGGAUGUCUCGUUUUCAGUCGAGUAGAUGACGAGCUGAUUCCAACGCUCUGUGCUAAAUAUGGCAGGGAUCAAGUACUGGAUAAUUGUCAGCUUCAUCAAGCAAAAUCAGACAGCUAUCGAUACGGAUGGUUGGAAGAUUUCAACGUUCUUCAAGGAGAACUAAUGAUGAAAGUUCCUUUCCCUUUUUUGGAAAAAGUUGAUGCUCUGAUGAUUGAUGGAGGUGCAUAUUUUGCAGCCACUUCUGGUGAUUCCGGUCACACUGAUGUUAUUCGCUUCUCCCCCUCGGAAAGCGCUGAUUUCAAGGCAAACUGGAGAACCAACAUCACAGAAACUGGAAAGUUCUCGAUUUCUAAAAUUCAGGAAAAUCGCCUACUUUAUACUACUGUUGAAGGAGUAAGUACACUUCAAAGCGUUCUCAUCUCUUGCAAGGAGCUCUACCCAACCUGCAACUCAUUGAAGUCUGGAGGAUGGCAAGAUCCACUGGAUUGUUCUUGGUGUGCUGAUGAGAACUCGUUCCGUACCAUCACGGCGUCGGAAGUCGGUAGUUGCAAAAACAAUCUAAAAUUUGAAUGCCCGCCAAGCAUGCGAUGGAUUCACAAAUACAACAACAAUUCUGGAUUCACCGCGGUGGUAGAUGGGUUCCGAGCUCUGAAAAAUCCAAAGUUGAAUGCAUGUGGAACCAACUGUGUUGUCACCGUGGUGGAUGCAUCCAGUAUCCAAUGUGAUACCAAUCCAAAUGAUAUCAUUGAUGACUCUUGUAAACAAGUGUAUUUGAGUGGAACAAUUGGAGACAAAAACUACUCCUUCCCAUUCGAUUACCAACAAGCUGACAGAGGAACUCAAACUGAUGUCAAGAACUCACAAGCCGAGGGACAAAAGGGUAGCAGUCCUGGGUGGAAGGUUGCUAUUGCUAUUAUCUCGGUUAUGACUAUUAUUCUCAUCGUGGCGUUUAUCGUGUACUGGAUGAGAAAUCGAUUCCCAAGAAUUAAACCUCAUGUGAGACCACCAUUCCGUGAAACUAUCGAGAAUGAGUACCGCAUGGGAAGUUUACCGGGAAGUCUGACCCAAGUUGUGAUCAAUGGAGAUAACUACGUUAAAGUGUUCAGAAGUUUCCCACCAGAUUUGAAAGUGGAUUUCAAACAAUUGAGAGUGGACAAAACGGAUCCUAUUGGCCAAGGACACUACGGAGUAGUCUACAAAGCCAUCUAUGCACCAUCCAAGACGCAUGAAGAGAAGGUGGUCUGUAAAUAUUUGAAGGACGGAAAAAUUUCUGAGUUUUACGAUGAAGCAAAAACCAUGUCGGAAUUCAAUCACACCAAUAUUCUAAGAUUUAUUGGGUUGGCGCUAGACGAUGUUUCCCAUUUUCCAAUUAUCAUUACCGAGUGGAUGGCAAACGGAGAUUUGAAGGUUUUCAUCAGCAACACGAGCAUUUCUAUCAAAAUGCGAGAUUUAUUUGAGUUCGCAUUAGAUAUUGCCAAGGGAAUGAACUAUCUUCACGAGAAAAAAUAUAUUCAUCGAGAUCUCGCUUGCAGAAAUUGCUUGUUGGAUGAACAUCAACGUGUCAAAAUUGCUGAUUUCGGUUUGUGCAGGAAAGUGAACAUGGAAACGGGUCUUUACGAGCCACAUAAUGAAAGAGAUUUGCCACUUCGUUGGUUGCCACCGGAGAUCGUUGAAAGAGGGUAUGGAGUCCACUCGGAUAUUUGGUCAUAUGGAAUUGUGAUCUGGGAGCUAUUCACCCGAGGAGCCACACCAUACCCUAACAGGUCAACGAAAUUCCUUUUGGACUGGCUCCGAGAUGAAUCAAAUCGAUUGGAUAAACCACCAUAUUGCCCAGCUAUUUUGUAUACUGAUGUGAUGCAAGCGUGCUGGCGAGCCAUUCCAGAGGAGCGACCGCAAUUCAGCGAGCUGGUCACAAUCAUUCCAAACGUUGUGAAAUAUUUGGAAGGAUACGAUCGCUCACAGUUACAUGCUGGUUAUGAGCGAGUAAGUAGUAGGUUUCUGAGCUUAUCACAUCACGACCAAGCAUCUCCAACAUAUCAGAAUGAGCCUUCUCCAACCGAACCACUUCUUCGUAAAAAACCGUUUCAACAUACCGAUGUAUCCGACUAUCUUGCCGAUUCCGAAAGUCCCUCCAGCCGUCCUUCAACUUCAAAUGCAAUUCCAAGCACUUCUGAAUCUCAAUACGAAUUAUUGAGCGGAACUUGUGAAACUCCGGUUUAA